AUGGCGAUGGUUCGCAGCACGAGCUGGGGCUCCCAUCCCGAUAUCGACUGGAGUGUCGACCACAGCGACGACGAAGAGUGGGAAGAGGAAGUAGACUGUGAGGGCGAGAACGACAACGGCGCCAUCCGGGAGUACUUCGUCAUCUACGGCCCCGAGAAGCACCACUUGGCCGAGUGUAUCCUCUACUACCUGUCGAAGAAGCUGGACGACAUCAUGGAUGACUUGGAGCUGCACGUCGACAUCCACACUACCGGCCACAUCAAGUCGGACCGCGAGUGCGUCGCUUUAUGGCGCGAGCAGGAGAACACGUCGUUCCUCGAGGCUCAGAUGGACGCGUUUGCCGUCAGUGUGCGCACUAUGUACAACAACGCGACAACUGGAGAGGAGCGGGUGGUUUUCCAUCAGUUCUGCUCUUGGGGUCGUAUGUGGCACGAGGUCGUGUACCCAUAUGGUGCUCCCGAGUGGCCGCGCUUCCCCCUGCUCAACAUGGAGGCCGUCAUCAUCACCGCGAGUAAGGAGUAUUCGAAGAUGGUGUACUCCUCCCUCUCCGCGGCGGUCGAGGGCCUGGCCCAGACAACCAGCCCUGGUGCCUCAACCCCCACCGCCAACAACCGGUUCGCGGCGCUGCGCGACCUCGGCGUUGGCGUUGGCGUGACCUCGCCCCCGUCCUUGCGCAAGGGCAAGCACCAGCGUGCGCACUCCCUCGGCCGUCUCAGCCUCCAGGAGUUCUUCAACACGGACGACGAGACGCUCGCCAACAGCGUCCCGUCCACUCCCAAGAGCGAGCUCAAUGGCCGUGCUGCGCCGUUUUCGCCCAAGCACCUGCGCUCGGCUUCUACCUCCGUGGUGUCGCCCUCCAUCAGCCAGGUCUCCAGCCCCGAUCCCCGCCUGUCGACCAACGUUGGCCGUGCCCAAAACGCUAAGACCAUGAAGGGCACGCUUCACCGCCGUGUCCGUUCAGAGUACUACCAGAAGUCGCCUAUGGGCGACAUCACCAACAGCGCCGACACUCCCUCGACUGGCACCCCCUCCAAGGACACCUGCCCUAAGGACACCGACAUGGUGAAGCCUUCGGCCACCGUCUCUGCCGACCAGCUUGAGAUCACCAAGCGCCGCAAGGCCAACGACGGUCAUCGUCGCUCUCUUUCUGAGCACUACAAGAGCCCUCCGCCUACUGGUUACACCUCGGUGAUCCAGGGUGCCACCAAGCUCAAGCACAAGCGUCACGCCUCUGUGCGCUUUAACAUCCCGCCCAUCGACGAGAACGUCGAUGGUUUCGGCGCCGAUCCGGCCCCCUCCUCCCCCCCGCGCCAAGCCCGUGGUGCUUCGACGCCACCUAAGAACACGACGGCCUCGCCCAUCAGCGUGCCUGUUGGCAAGACCCAGGGCCUCCGUGUCGAUGUCGCCAAGGCCAACCACGAGCGCAGCACCGACCUGGCGAUCGAGAUUGAGUCCGUCGCCGACACUGUGGCGGAGAAGGGCCCCGCCUCCCCUCUGACUGGCCACGGCAUGCUGCUUCCCGCAGCCAUGCCCUCGGUCAAGCCUGAGGUUCAGAGUCAUCUCUCCGUGCCCUACAACAUGGGGAUCGCCACCGCUCUCGGCGUCAACACUCUCAACAUUAACGACAACGGCAUCACCGGCACCCAGCAGGCCUUCGGCCAGCCCAGCGUCCACCCGCCGCCGGGUCGUCACAACGUGCCUCAGGCCCAUGCUGUCAUCGCGCCGCGUUUCGGCCAGGCGUCUGUUGUCCGCCAGCCGUACGGCCCGCCUAACAACAUUGUCGAGAUCGACAGGAAGAACUUUGAGGCCCGCGCCUACUAUCCCCUGGCCGCGCCUAAAGCGCCGGUCGGUUCCUAUGUCGCUCCCUACGCGGGACCGUACAUGUGGCAGAACGAGUCUGCUCUCAACUUGUCCCCUCCGGUCCUGCCUGCUCCCAACCAUGGCGUUGGCAACAAGAGCUUUGACAACCCCGACCACGUCCCUUCGGCGGUCACGAAGCCCCCGGCCGGCCCUUAUGUUGCUCUGUACCCCAGCUCGCGUGUGUGGCAGUAUCAGCCUGGUACCAGCCACUCCGCUUCGGUCCAGGCUACUCCCCAGGGCAGCACGCAGAGCAAGGUGCAGACCCAGGCAACCCCCAAGUCCUACUUCACGGAGGAGACUUGGAAGAUGCCCGCCUCCGGCCCUUGCACCUUCCCGCUGUUCCCCCCAGGCCACAAGGCUCCGACUGGGCCCAUCAUCGAUCUGACUCCAAUUGAGAGGCUGGUCCUGAAGCUCACCGAGGAAUCGGCCAGCAUCGAGAAGUUCAUGGAGGACGUCUUCAUUUUCGGCGACAAGCUCCGCUUCCGCUACUACUUCGAGUCGGACGAGCCCAACUAUCGCCUCCAUGGUCUUGUCAACACGCUUGACUUCUCUGUUCGCAACCUCAUUGGAAUGGUUGAGGAGUGCGACAAGUUGCUUGGCUCUACUUCAGUGCCGUUCCCUGCGAUCUCACCCGAGAUCCGGUGGUCUAAGCAUGCGGAUAUGCUCCUUCAUGGUGCGGAGGAGACUGCACGCCAGCUCGAGGCCAGGAGUGCGUCCCUCCGUUUCCGCAUGGAGGGACUCGUGACGCUGGUCAAGGCGUGGAUCCAGCAGCAGACGUACACUGGUCAGCCGAGCUCCUGCAUCAUGAAGGAGACAUCCUUCGACAGCGACACGUCGUCGAGCGAGCUGUCCGGCACGGUCGUCGACACCCCGUCGCAGGAGGACUUCGACCUCUCCAUCGUCACCGACGGCUCGUCGAACGAGGACAGCCCCUACCGCCAGCGCAACUCCUUCGAGCCCGACGAGGAGACGUUCAAGCAGAUGAUGGCCGAGGCCAAGGUAUACACUUCCGAGAUGUACACUCCUCCUCGUCAUCCUCUCCCGUCCCGUGCCAGGGAGAGCUGUGACACCCUCGAGACCUUCUACCGCGCCAACCCCGUCACCGAAAACCCGCCCACUCCAGCCAAGACCAAGCCAUGGACUCCGUUGAGGGUCCGCAAGCGCACCUCUGCGCCCGAGCUCGGCCAGAAGAGGUCGUCCCUCAUUGUCCGCAACGUCGAGCGCCACACGUCCCUGCAGCUUCAUCAACCUACGAACUGGGAGAUCUAUGCGGGUGACUCCCCCACUCCCACCCCUUCCGAGGCAGACAAGGAGACGACCCAGCUCGACCUUUCCGUUCUGCGCAUGUCUCCGCCGGAUGACCGUGUGAAGCCCUACCUCACCCGCUACAACCUGAAUGUUGCGGUCAUCAUCAAGUACCACGACGUGGUCGUCUUCAUCAACGACGUGCGCAACUUCAAGACCGCCGUUCGCUUUCGCGUGUGGAAGUGUACCAGUUGCCGCAAGUCAGACACCGCGCUUAUCCGCGAGCUGGACGAAGCAUCGCACUUCGCCUGUGUCAACAUCAAGCGCUUCAUCUUCCGUCUUGAGGUUCCCCUCGAGACUGACUUUGAAGUCGUACUUCCCAACAAGAAGAUGACUCUGGCCAAGCUGUUUCGCUUCGACACUUCUCGUGCCGCCGAGGAGCUGAGCACCAACAGCCAGGCGCUAUGUGCCAGCAUCCGCAAGCUCCACGGGGAGAUCUGCGAGCUCCUCGAGGGCGAGGGUGCCCAGACUCAAUGA